GAGCUCACCUUCCUUGUCCGUUGCAGUACCGUCGGUGCGCAUCAUUUAGAAUCAGGCAGCUGCUACGAGAAAAUGGCGGAGGGUGGUCCUCCUAGAGGGGCCACAGGGACGGGAGGUGGAGGCGGGCUGGGGGAGAAAGAAACCUGGGAGCUCUUCUCGAACUGGGUCUGCUGCGUGUGCGUCGUCACCUUCGACUUGGAGUUAGGCCAGGCUCUGGAGACUGUCAUACCGUCAGACUACAAGCUCUCCGACACGGAAAAGAGCAACAUCUGCUACCUGGCCUUCCCUGACUCCAACUCUGGAUGUAUGGGAGACACUCUGUUCCACAUCAGGAUCCGGUGUACUGGGUCUGGGACAGGUGGAACGGAUCUGAGACCAACCAACCACCACUACGGAGCCCCUCUCGUUCUCAUGGUAAUUGUACUUCACCCCAUCUUGUGUAACGACUCUUCUUCCCCUCUUGUUCUCAUGGUACACAUUCUUCACUUCUCACGGUGAACAACUUUCCCUCUCCACUUUCUCUAACAACCACUUAUCUCCCCGUCUCAUUUCUCAUAGUAUAAAAUUCACUUUCCUCUCUCUUUUAUUAUAGUGACCUGUCUUCCUUGGCAAGCUGGCUCUAGCUUUAUAAGUCUUAGCUGGUGAAUCGUUAUAGCUGAACCAAAUGAUUGUGUUCCCUCCUCAGCCUGAUCCUGCCUACUACUAUGGGUUUGUCUACUUCAGACAAGUGAAGGAUUCCGACAUCAGAAGAGGCUAUUUUCAGAAGUCAGUUGUUCUACUGACCAGACUGCCUUACAUCACUUUCUUCAACUUCAUUAUACAGAGGAUUGCUCCAGAGUACUUCACACACGGUCUAGCAUCACUUGAAGCAGCAUGUGGUAACAUGAACCAGUGGCCUCCACCAAGACCUGGUCAACAGCUACAUCUCCCUAUCCUCGGACAAAUCAUCUAUGUGAGGCUACCGACAAAGUCAGACAAGCCAGCUGCCAGAGACGGUGAGGGUCCAGUCAUCAAGAAAUCAUCUUCUGUAGUGGUGAUUCCGUCAGUACAUGACCUCAACCUCCACCAAGCACUGCAGCCAGUCCUCAACAACUUUGAGAUGAUAUGGGAACUUGUCAUCACCAAUGAGCCUAUCGUCGUGAUGGGACCAUCUCCAACACUCUGUGCUAACACAGUCCAGGCCCUAGUUAGUCUCCUCCACCCUCUCAAGUAUGCCUCAGACUUCAGGCCAUUCUUCACCAUACAUGACUCUGAGUUCAAACACUAUACCACCAGGACACAGGCUCCUCCACGGGUCAUUCUGGGAGUGACUAACCCAUUCUUCACUAAGACGCUGGACCACUGGCCUCACGUCAUCAAACUUGGAGAAAUCUCAUCCAGCAAUCCUGGGACAGAGGAGAGCAGACCUCAUCAGAGAAGCAGGUCACCAGGUGACCUCUCUGACUCCAGACCAGGGGUGUUCAGCAGGUACAAGCCCUUCUUGCAGAAAGACAAGACCUUUGCCAGACUGGUCAUCUCAAACAAGACGCCACCAGGCAAAAGGCCAAUGGAGGUGCAGAAUGUGAUGGUCAAGAAACAUGCUCUGGAAUUGACUACCAGUUUUAUCAUACCUCUGGAGAGGUAUCUGGCUAGUCUAAUGCCACUGAAGAGAGAUGUCUCCCCAUGGAGGCCACCACCUCAGCUGAAGCCAUUUGAUAGUGAGUUGUUUCUGAAGGGAAUGGAAGGAGCUGGACCUCACCUCACUUCCAGAGUCAAGGGAAACUGGACUGGUCUCUACCAGUGAGCCAUGACCACUUACUUUUGCAGGCCCACCCUUCUUCUUGACACCUACUUAUGAAUUCCUCUUUGGGGGGUCCUCUCUUUCGUAAAC